AACUCUUUUCAGCUCGGUGCCGACCGAUAGACCGAAAGGAGCCCCGCCCUCUUUGAGCGUAUGUUCCCGCAUGUACGAACAGGUCCUCAUCUCGAUCAAGGCAAGCUAUAAAGCACGACUUUAUCGAUUCAGGAUUACCGAGUACCGCUGCCGACAGAUGCGACUGACCACUCAACAACGAUACCCUAGUGCCGUGCAUCACCAUGGCUUCGACACAACAGCAACCCCCACCCGCCGCAGUGUCGUCCUUCAUUGAAGACAACGAGAAGGAGGUCGACUCUGAACACGUCGAGAACGUCGCCCGGUCGGACCGCGCCAUUGUCCCCGAACAUGAAAACUACUCCAUCCCCAAGACCACCCGCGUCUUCUGGAAAUGUACCCUUUUCGCGGUGGGGAUGAGCCUCGCUGCCGCAUUCGAAUGUUUCGCCCUGAUCGUACCCAACUCGAUCGUCGCCAACCAGGGUUUCAUCCGAGAUUUCGGUCGGGUGUAUGGACCCGAUGGCGUUCCCAUCGCCAUGAAACCGUCGGACCUUUCCAAUUGGAACUUGGCCGUUUCUCUUGGAGGAGUUGUCGGUCUGCCGAUCGGCGGGUUCCUCAGCGAUCGGUUUGGACGCAAGGUGGUCUUGAUGGCAUGCACCGCCAAUCUCACCCUAGCCGUGAUCUUGAGCGUGACGAUCAGGCCUUCCUUCGGCGGAUGGUUGGCGCGAGCCCUGGUCUCUGGUCUCAGUCAGGGAUUACUUCAAUCUUCGUUGAUCCCAUACUUGUCCGAAAUCGCGCCCAACAAGAUUCGAGGCAUGUACCUCUCUAUGUAUAGCUUCUUCUGGGGACUCGGGAUCCUGGUUGGGAGCAUCGCUCUAUACGUCUCCGAGCAGAUCGAUCCGGACAACUGGAAAGGCCCCUUUUACGCUCAAUUCGUAUUUUUGGGCAUGUUCAUACCAGCCUUGGUAUUCGCGCCGGAGACUCCAUGGUUCCUGGCCAGGAAGGGUCAGGAGGCCAAGGCCAAACGUGCCCUGAGGACGCUUUACGGCAACGUCUCCACCUACGACGUUAAUCGAGAGUAUCUCGUCAUCGUUGCUGCCAUCGAGGCCGAGAAACCAGUGCAGCCGGAUGGAACAAACAAGGCGCGACCAGAAUGGCGCCAAUACCUCGACUGUUUCAAGGGAACCAACUUGCGCCGAACGCUCAUUGGCGCCAUGCCGAUCGUCGCUCAGGCUUUCGCCGGCGUCAUGCUCUUUUACGGCUAUACCGUCUACUUUUUCGAGCAAGCAGGUUACCCCAAGCCGUUCGAAGCCAACCUCAUAUUUGGUUUCUGCCAAUUGGCCGGCGUGGGCGUCUCCUUUUUCGCCCUCGACUAUUUCGGCCGUCGACCGAUGCUCAUCUUCGGUACUGGGUUCUGUGCGAUCUGCUGUUGGGCGCUUGGUGGCAUCGCCUUUAUGGAAACUCCCCCCGGUGCUGCUAUGGCCGCCCUCGCGUGCCUCUGGGUCUUCGUCUAUUCGACCUCGCUGGGCCCCCUCGGUUACAACUAUGUCGGCGAGGUUCCUACUCAGCGUCUCAAAUCCAAGACGGCCGCCAUCGCAUUCACCUGCAACGUAGGCAGCAACCUCAUGUUUUCGUAUCUCGCUCCAUAUAUGCUCAGCCCGCUCGAAUGGGGUUGGGGGCUCAAAGUCGGUCUCUUGUUCGGGCCUACUUGCACGAUCGCCUUCAUCUUGGUGGCGCUCUUUGCUGUCGAGACCAAAGGUCGAUCGAUCGCCGAUCUAGACGAGAUGUUUGCCGCUCGUCUCAAGCCUUGGCACUUUGCCAAAUAUCAGACCAAGGCACAGCAGGAGAGCGCCGAGAACGAUGCCGCCUCCGAUCAGCGAUCCCAGCUUCGAUGAGCGGCAGACCGUCUGUAUGGACGCCGCCCACUCUCGGAUUGCGGUCCGGGAGAGAGCUCCCUUGCCUGGGUCUGCCCUCGAGGUACUCUUGUUUGUUCGCGAAGUUUGUGAUCCGGCGGCCAGUGUCGAAUUGCCCGAUCUCUUGUCGGAUUUUUGUAAGGAAUCUUUAGCCGUUGG